AUUGAUCCUUGAAUAUAGCGAGCCAGUAGUCGAUGUAUUACAAUCAUUUGAUGACUUCACCGAAAAUAUCAGCAAACAGCAUAUUCCCACACUAUCUACUGUCCUAGUAGAAGAGUGUACUUUCAAAUGGCAACAAAAACUUCAUUUUGGAAGAAAUAAAUUUACUACUGCGUCACAGUCGCAAACCGAAAGUUGUCCUAAAGAAGACAGUAGAAGUCAAGAUGAAGCAACAACGGAAAGUAGCAGAGUGUUUACUCUUAUUGAUGGUGAAGAACCUAUCGGAAUCGGAAAGGAAACUACGAAGUUGAGUAUUGAUACAGGAGAAAACAGUUUAGCAGAAAGAAUUGCUGUCUCCAGAAAUAGACGAAUAGAACCGUCAAUGAUGUCACAUCGGAAACCAAUAAUUGAUUUACCACAUAAGGAACAUCAAAUGAAAACACGAAGCGUACAGCGUAGCAAGCAGGUGAUGUACAUUAUGGCCUAUUUGGGUCCAAUCCAAAAUAACACGCAAGCAUAUGAUGAACGUAAUCAGUAUGUUCUAUGCAAAAUGAUGGCAAUUAAUGGGACAAAUAUUAUCAUAGAACCAGAUUUAUUCUCUGUAAAUAACUCCAUUGAAAGUCGUUACGGCAUUUACAAAGCGCGCUUGUUCAUUAUAAACAACGAAAGAUUUGAUCGUAUUGAUGAUGUCAGCUCAAAUCAGUUAUGGUUUGAAAAAGACGACAGUAGCACAAUGAACGAUCUUCCAGCCGAAAAAACUAUAAAAUUUGUUUAUCUUAUCGAUAUUGAACGAGCGAUAAACUUUCCUCACGAUGGAUUAUGCAUUGAGUAUAAAGUUGACCUGCCGCUGCAAUGUACACUAAUUGAUUUAUCUCCAGUGCAUAAAUGGUCAAUAAUCACCGAUUCAGUCCCACAGGCAGAGAAUGAUGUAGCUGUAUUUUCACAACCAGUAUGUGUCACAAUAAUUAUCAAAGAAGAGGAGCAAUUUUUUGAGAAUUUUUACUGGCCCAGAAUGAUUUUUCGACUUUAUGGAGAAGAUUAUUGGGGACGUUUCUUUGUAAAUGGUUUUGGGCAAUUAACACUACCUUCUCGACCAGGAAGACAUCAUUUCGACAUCAAAUGUUGGCGGUAUGAGCGCAAAUAUGAGAAAAAAGGGAUGCUAUUCGAAAACUUUAUCUCCCAAAUGGCUGACUUCAAGCAGGAGUUGACUUUAGCGAGUGAAUCAACAAUAUGCAAAGUAGGCCCAAUAGCAUCUAGCAUAGGUCUUAAUACAAUAAGCUCCGGAAUUCUUAAAAUUAAUGUACAAUGUAUCAUGCAAAGUCGAGCAUUCAUCUCUCACGAAUUCUUUUACAAAAUAAAAUAUGGCACCUUGAUGCGAUAUGAUGGGAUGCAAUCACGAAUUCACUGCAAUAUCCUUAAAGUACUAUUGAAAUUUGAAGAGGCGCGCAGAAAUCUUCUUAAGAUUCGAAAUCAGCCCAUACCUACUGUUAAUAAUAAAAUUUUGUAA